AUGAAUAUCAUUACAACCCAAACGAUCGAAUCUCCCUUCACGAAAGAAACAAUGGGUACAUUUGACGGCGAUGUAUCUCUCAGACGCCUACACAAAGAUGAGCAUAUUUCAAUCCUCGAUGUCAACUUUUCUCCAUGUGCUCGAACACACUGGCACCACCACGCCAAAGGCCAACUCCUAGAAAUAACCGCAGGAUCGGGAUGGGUGUGUGACAAGGGACAUGAGCCUCAAAGGGUCAAAGCUGGGGAUAUCAUUUGGUGCCCCCCUGGUACUGUUCAUUGGCAUGGUGCGGAUAAAGAUGGGUCUAUGGUUCACCGUGCGGUCACUUAUGGGGUUGUGGACUGGUACAGCCCGGUUUGA